AAAGAAUAGAGAUAGAGAAACGUACCUAUUUGGAAGCCAUUGGAGAGGGUUUCGAAGCUUGGGACUAAUGAAACCCAUAAUCGCAACGCAAGGGCUGUUUGAAAGAUAUUUUAUGUAGAAGAAGCCUAAAUUUUGGAAUGGGAAGAGUUUUGCCGCCCUAUUUUCUUUUCUUCCCUCCUUUUAUUGAAACUUUUAUAUUAUAACACGUGGACAAUUAAUCUGCUAGUAUUUAUUUAUUUUCCCUUAAACGAGUCUAAACAAUUUAUAUUAUUUUACUAGUCCCGUUUGCGUCAGUGGACGGUGACUCAAACGGUGCGUUGGCCUGGUCCUCAAACAAGUUACUGUGGGACUGACUCAAAUGUAAAAUCCAAUACAAUUUAGGGUUCCAUUUCCACCAGCAAAUCCUCAAACGUGAAAAUUCAUAUCCCUCUUCCUCAGCUCCGAGAACCCACGGUUCGUGCCAGACCUCCAUUAUCGGCGAUUUCAAGCGUAGUUGCUUCUGGAAAGAAGACUUGUUCGUCCAUUUCACUGGGGGUUUCGUUUGUGAGCGCCGUUGCGGCUCCUCCUUCAUCCUCCGGCCAACUCUUCCGCCCUCUAUUUUGGUUCAACUUUUUCCACUGCCGUUAUUCCAGCCACACAACAGACCACGAUUCAGAUUCAUGAGUUAUGGACCCACAAGAUGAUGAUGAGUUCGAUUCGUUGGUAGACAAUAGUGACGAUCACCCAGAAGAUAAUAGUGAUGAUCACCCAGAAGAUAAUAGUGAUGAUCACUCAGAAGAUGUUAGUGAUGAUCACCCGGAAGAUGAUAAUGAUGAUCACCUAAAAGAUGCUAAUAAUAACGAGAGGAAGACACGAGGAAAAGCAAUAUGUAAAGAAGUCUUAAAAGCAAGUAGUGAGGGUCGUAACUAUGAAGUUGAGUACAAUCGGUUUGGUCGAGCAAUGGGGAAAGGGGGGACCAAGAUGAACAGCAUGAUUGGUAUGUUGGCACGUACCACCCUUCCUUUAAAUAAACCUCAUUGGAAGAAAGUGCCUGUAGAGAAGAAAAACAAAAUAUGGAAUGAGAUCAAGAAUACAUUUAAACUCUCAAACUCUUCUAAAACAAACGUCCUAAAAGAAGCUGGAAAGACAUGGAGAAACUGGAAAACAAGGAUGACGAAAGAUCUUAUAUAUGAAUACAAGGAUGUGGCUCCUCAACUUCUUGAAAAACCACCAAAGGACUACAUCAACUAUUACUCUCCUGAAGAUUGGAAGGGAUUUGUUGCAACUAGACUAACUCCAGAAUGGGAAGAGUUGAGGAAAAGAAAGCAAGCUUCCCAAGCUCAAAAUAAGUAUCCCCAUCGAACAGGACGUGGUGGUUAUGCAUUAAUCGAGCAAAAUAUGGAGAAGGAGUUGGGUCGUGAGUUAACUGAGUAUGACAGAUCAGAAAUGUGGAAAAGGGCCCGCAUGAAUAAUAAAGGAGAAGUUAUUGAUGAGGAAGCUCGAGAGGUGGUACAGAGAAUUGAAAAAUACAAGAAAAAAGUUGCAGACGGUGAGAUUAUGGAGGAAGGUUCCAAUGACGUAUUAACUAUGGCACUAGGGACUCCGGAGCAUGGGGGUCGUGUUAGGGGGGUCGGUAGCCAUGUCAUUCUUCGUCAAUUUUUUCACACCCCAGCACCUAGAAGAUUGACACAGAAAAAAUCUAGUGUGGAUGAAGAUGCUCGCUAUAAAGACCUCGAAGAUAAAUGGCGCCAAAGUGAAGACAAAAUAAACAAAUUGAUGGCGUUCAUUCAAUCUCAACAAAGCGGGGUAUUUGAAUCACAACAUGCAUUUGGUUCGGGCGUUGGAGGAGCCUCAAACACACCUCAAGCACCAUAUGCUCCUCCACCACACUCACAAGCAACAUACGCUCCACCACCACCCUCACAAGCAACAUACGCUCCACCACCGCCCUCACAAGCAGCAUACACUCCUCCACCACUCUCACAAGCACAUCAUGAGCAGAACAAAUGCAAGUUGUGCAUUGGUUCCAUAAACAACAUUGUAGCAGAGGGCACACUUAUAACCAUUAAUUGCACAGAACUCCGUACUGUUAAAUCGAAUCCUAGAUAUUGUCGUGUGAGGAUUGAUGUUGUGCAUCAAAAGGAUGCUAUUUUACCUAAAGCGGUUACAAGAAAAGGCUACACCUUGGUUGGUCAGGUAAUUGGUUAUGAGGUUGCAUGGCCAAAGAAAUUUGUUUUGUGUGAGAAGCUACAGCGAGACCAAUUUUCCCCUUCAACUCAACAGCCACGAGAAUCAAGACUCACAAGGGAGCAAGUAACGCAACUAACACAGGAGCCUAUUACAGUGCCAUUGACACCAACUUUGAAUUGUUUGAAAAAGUUGAUGACCCGGUGGACCGAUGGUCGGGUGGUAGAAAUUCCGAGUCAAAAACGAGUUUUUGGAUUCCCAAACGUAGUUCGAUUAAUGAAAUAUGAUAUCGAAAACUUGUGCAAUUAUGAUAUGCUUGGAGAGAAUGAGAUACAAUUGUAUAUGUGGAUGCUCGAUGAACAAGUCCAUACAAAUGGUUUAAACCAUUUAUACGCUUUUAUGCAUCCUGCUUUAAUAUCUACAACUGCUGGAACAGAUGAAGUACGUGCUGACAAUCUCUUCAAGCGAUUCCUGCAAAUGAGCCUAGAAACACAAUUUCUAAUUUGCCCUUGGAAAAUUAACACUCACUGGAUGUUGGUCUUAAUCCAGCCACACACUCAUUCAGUGGCUUUUUUAGAUCCAAUGAAUUCACAUUUCCGUGAAGAGAUCAGGGAUAUAAUCAUUAUGGCUUUUGAUAAGUAUCAUUCAUACCUCUGUAAAACAGAUACUGACAAUUCUAAACUUUGUGUUCCGAAAUGUCCAAACCAAACUAGACCUACCGAGUGUGGUUACUAUAUUAUGAAGUUUGCUAAGGAAUUGAUUUCCAAGCCGCUACCAAAACAAUACUUGAGACGGGAGAUGAAGAGGACCACUCCAUAUACAGCAGAGGAAAUCAAUGAUUUACGAGAUGAGUGGGCUGAGUCAAUUUUUCAGUAUCUAACUUAGCUUCAUCUCAUAUUAGUGAGAACUUAUAGGCACUUGUUAGAACUUUAGAGCACUCAGAGAGCUAUAAUAGCUCAUCAAAAUGUAAAAUAUGAAGAUGUGUCAAAAAAAAAAAAUGGCUCCAUCAAAUGUAAAAUUGUUCAAAAUUUUACAUUAUGAAUAGUAUUUUUUCACAUUCAAGUAAUCUUUUAAGGUUAUUUAGGACUUUUACUCUGAUUUAUGACAUAUAUGAAUGUGCCUCUUGAAUUUUUCAGUUUGUUAAAAAUGGUAUUUAAAC